AUGGCGUUAAUGGGAAAGGAGCAGAAUUAGCUGUGGACGGUGAAAAGGCCGAUGACAAGUGUUCUGAAACUGGUGACUCAUUAAGUCCGAGUUUUGAGGUCAUAUUGGUGGAUGAUAUCGAUAACGUGAUACUAGAUAUACAUGAAGUGAGGUUAACAUUACAAACCAAAAUAGAGGAUAUUGACAGCAUCACCGUCAAACCCGUUACUGUCUGGGAAGAUAAAACCAAUGUUUGUAACAAAGUCAAUGCACCAUUUCCUGUAGGAGAGACCGUUUAUUUUAUAUGUCCACCCGGUGCUCAUGGGAUUGGUAUUAAUGUGUCAGCCACUUUUAUUCCUGGGACAACAGGCCGUUUGACCAUCUGUGAAGUUGAGGUCUUCGGCAAAACUAGAAACACUGAUUGUGGUUUCCCUACCUUUGUAUAUGGAGCUAAUGCUAAUUUCAGCAACACAACUCGUACAGCUACAUCUCUUUAUUAUUGUUUGAGUGAAUUUAGGUUUGUAAACACAGGGUCAGGCCAUAGCGGUAACUCCAAUUGCUGGGCAAAUCAUCAAUGGUCGCCACCAACCAUACAAUGUGCCUUUGAUCAGCAGGAUGAGUCAAUUGUGUAUCCUCAUGGUUUAGAAUGUUUACACAGUAAAAAUGGUGAAGAAUACAAGGGCGUGAUAAAUACCAGUGUAUCAGGUGCUGUCUGUGAGAGGUGGGAUCGCGUUCCAAAUGGUGAAGAGUUGAACUUUCCUGAUAACCCAGACACCGAUGGUACCAACUAUUGCAGAAAUCCUACAGGAGUGAAUACCCCAGCUAAGAAGAAACCAUGGUGUUGGGUACGCAACUAUACAGCUACAGAAUAUUGUCCCAUAGCAUAUUGUAAUGAAAUAUGUGCCCUGUAUCCUGACAUGUACGAUUAUGUUGGCAACCUAAACAUCGGUGUCUCUGGAACAACUUGUGUCCGAUGGGACGCAAAAGCUUUGUUCACGACUGACGUUUUCCCAGACAAAGCCAGAAAUCACAGUCAUUGUCGUAAUCCAGGGCGAUCUCAAGACAAGGCAUGGUGUUACGUCAGUUUAGUGGAUAACUCUCAUGAGGCGUGUGACAUUCCUAGUUGCCCUGCCAAUUACAAAAAGAUUGCCAUCACCAAGAGUGACAGUAACGUAUAUAAGAUUCACAGCUGCCAUAUCUGGUAUGGUUCUAGAGCGACAAGCCCAGCAAUCUUUGUCUACAAUAAACAACUCGAUCAAUCCGAGUUUCAAAUGUAUUGCUCUCGUUUCAACAUUUCAUACAUAUUCUGUAAUGUGCUGGACCAACGCCAAUCAGCUGCAGCUUUGACUAGUCCGGCGUGGGUCAGGUUUUUAGUUGAUUGUGAUGAGUUUACUUCCAGUUCUGUAUUACCAACAAGUUAUACCACAGCGAUAUCACCAGUUACUGUUACAGAUUAUUCUAUAAGUGAUAUUCUAUCGCUUUCACUUACAGUUACCGUUACAAGUCCAUGUUCUUACUCUUCAAUAAUGGACUCCUCGGAAUCCACUGCUUUAUCGAUGCAAUCUACUACCACAACCCACGAAUCAAGUCUAAAUAUCGGCUCGAUCUUUAAUCCAUCAGACCAACAAACUUUAGUCACUACCCCCUUACUUUCCGGUAUCUUGUAUUCCAGCGUAGCAACGCCAACACCCAUGUUGUCCAAUAUAGCCCAACCAUUGUCCCAGCCGUCAUCAAAUCUAAAUAUGGCCUUGAUUUUGAAUUCGUUAAAUCCAUCCAAUCAACAAAACUUUGUUACUACGUCAUCAAUUUCCAAGUCUUUGUACUCCAGCGUAACAACGUUGACACCCAUUUUGCCAAGAACUACCCAAACAUUCGAUCAUCAAACAUUAUCCCAGCCACCAUCUUUGUCUUCUUUGUCGACUAUAUCUCCAUCACCCAUAAGACCAGACGCUAGCUUAGCAACUCCUGCCAGCAGUCGAAAGUUUUGUGCCUGUGGUUGUAAAACAAAGACCUUAACAGGCGCCAAAUUAUCCGAAAAUAUGAAAAAAGUUGCUAAAGAAUUAACGGUUGAAAAGAAGACACUUUCCGCUAGUAUCCGGAAAAUUACAAGUGCUGUCGAUAAUCGGCCAUCAGCGGUUUCCAUGGGUUACACGGGGGUUAUUCUCUUGACAAUGGCCUUGGUGAUAAUGAUUGUACCCGAUCUGACCAAUGUGCUUUACUUUUUGAAAAAUAAGACUCGCCAUCAUGAAUUGGAAUAAGUAUUGAAAUAAAACUAUUCUCAUUGAU